AUGGUUUCAGUGGCCUACAUCCUGGCUGGAGUUAACGCCACAGCUUAUGGCCUCUCUUCCAUGCAACAUGGCACUCAGCUAAACAGCACAGUAUCCGCAAACUGCAAGCAAGCAUGUGCCACACUAUCCACUGUCUUUGGAUCAGCUCUCCACUACCCCGGUAAUGACAGCUUCACGAUCUGGGACGCGAAGCAACAGGAGGUUCGCCCAGCAUGCCGGGUCGAGCCAUCCACUGCAUCGGAGGUUUCCCAGGUGCUCGACAUUCUUGUACACCACUGGUGUUACUUUUCGGUUAAGGGCGGUGGUCACUCACGGAACCCAGGGGACUCUAAUUCUGUAGGAGGUGUUACAGUGGACCUGAACCGCAUGAUACAAGUCGAUAUAUUAGACCCUGGUGAUAGGGCGCGUGUUGGCGGCGGUGCAACCUCGUACCACGUGUACGAAGCUUUGGAUGCUCAUAAUCUGUCCUUUGUUGGUGGAAGAGUCGGCACGGUCGGUGUUGGCGGGUUCACACUGGGUGGUGGUACAUCACCAUUCUCGGGCAAGUACGGCUGGGCGUUGGAUAAUGUUUAUGAAUAUGAGGUGGUCCUUGCAAACGGUACAAUCGCCACCGCAAACGAGACUCACAAUCAGGACCUGUACUUCGCUCUGAGAGGGGGUGGGAAUAACUUCGGCAUCGUGACAGCUUUCACUGUCCGUACAUUCACCCAGGGUCCUGUCUCUACGACUACGACAACCUAUUCCCAGAAUCAGACUGAACUGGUCCUCGACCAGAUUUUUGAGCUCUUCACGGAUGAGUCUCUCACUAGCGAUGUAGACAUGGGCUAUGAUAUGUACUAUACAUAUGUCUCAUCAGAUGACAGCUUCAUCCUAUCGGGCACCCAGCGCUACGCGAAGCCUAUACGGAACCCACCUGUAUUCAGAGCUAUUAACCAUAUACCAACAUUAGCAAGAAGCACUACCAUAACGAACAUGGGCAACCUGACUCGGGACUCUGCGCCAUUGGGUACCACAAGGCACCUGUUCGCCACCCUAACCGUGCUACCCUCCCGUUCUCUCCUCACCCAAGCAGUAGAGAUCUUCGAACAAGAGGUCCGGGCAAUCAAAUCAGUGGAUGGCUUGGUUCCCAACCUCAUCUCCUAUGCGAUUUCACGAGCCACAAUUGCAGCCAUGGCUCAGAGGGGAGGGAACUCGCUCGGUAUACAGGGGGAUCAACCUCUCUUUCUCAUCUUGAUAUCUACGGCUUGGACUGAUGCGCAAGACGAUGCUGCUGUUAAUACAAUGACGGAGAAUACUACCCGUAGAAUCAGGGAAGCCGCUGAGACCCUCGAUGUUGCGCACCCAUUUCUUUAUCUCAACUAUGCAUCAGCAGCGCAGGCCUCGGGAGUCUUUGCAGGCUACGGGGAAAAGAAUAUACAGAGGUUGAUGGACAUCCAACGGGCAGUUGAUCCACGCGGUGUCUUCACCUCGCGUGGUUUGUGGACAGGAUUUGCCAAAUUGCUGUGA